GCGACUUCCUGACAUUUUCGAAGCUUGCUAUAAUAUUACUACAAUGGACUUCCACUUCGUGUUCAAUUUACAACUGACUGCAAUUAGAAACCAUGGAUGACUGCUGCUGCUGCUAACAAGUUACGGAAAGGAACCCUACGAUUCACGAAGGACUGAAGAAAAGUGGUGCAUUGCAUGCGAUUUGUGAAUUGUGAUGGCAUCUAAGGGUGGAAAGCAACCAAUACCAAAAGACCAAAUAGCUUCCAUCAAAAGAAAAAGAUUCAGACGCAUUAAAAGUGCCCCAAUAGCAGAUUCGUUUCCUUCACAAUCCAAAACUGCCGAUUCCUCUUUUGCACGGCCUAAGUCUGUAUUUAAUUACCUCCACCCAAGCUACCGAAAAGUAGCCAUCAUCUUGUCUAUUUACUUGGGUGCAGGCACGCUUUGCUUCUAUCUGGUUAGACACCAAAUUAAUGGAAGGAAAACAAACGCAGUCCUCGAUGCUCUGUAUUUCACAGUUGUCACAAUGACUUCUGUUGGGUAUGGAGACCUUUUCCCUGGUAGCACUCUCACAACACUACUAGCCUGUCUUUUCGUCGUCUUGGGAAUGCUUCUCAUCGGGCUAGUCCUCAGCAAAGCUGCAGAUUUUCUAGUCGAGAAACAGGAGCUACUGCUAGCAAGAGCGUUACACUUGAAUCAAACCCUUGGCACUGCUGAAACCCUAAAACAAAUGGAAACCAACAAACUUAGGAACAAGUGUAUAAUACUAGUGGCCUUGCUUGUGGUUCUUAUGGCUGCCGGGACAACCGUGUUGGUUGCUGUUGAAGAUUUGGACUUUAUUCAUGCUUUUUAUUGUGUGGUUGCCACAAUUACAAGCUUAGGUUACAUCGAUAAAUGCUUCUCAACAAAAGGAGGGCGUGUUUUCGCGCUAUUUUGGAUUCUGUCUGGUACUAUUUACUUGGGUCAGUUGCUGUUUACUUUUGCUAUGCUACACACUCAAAGAAGACAGAGGUCAUUAGUGAAAUGGGCUCUUAAGAGAAAGACCACGCCUGCAGACUUGGAGGCAGCUGAUCUUGAUGACGAUGGUGUUGUAGUGGCUGCUGAAUUCAUCCUUUAUAAGCUAAAAGAGAUGGGGAAAAUCAGCCAAGAAGACAUGGCACCUAUCAUGGAAGAGUUUGAAAGACUCGACUUUGAUAAAACUGGUACGCUGACGGCUUCAGAUGUUCUGCUUUCACAGUCGUCGUGGUAUGCCUCAGAAUUUCUACUUACGCAAACAUCCGUGUAAUAAAUUGUAACCGUACGACGUACGUACAUGAGGACGCCAAUUCACGUUAGUGUUGUGUUGUAGAUGGUAUUUACUAAUUUCUUACUUGUAUUUUUGAUUUGGUUAAAUUAUUAC